AUGGAUCCUGAACUGCUUAGUGUUACCGUCCUUCUGCCGGACAUGUUCCAAACAUUUCUGAAGCAAGAAGCUCUGGUGAAUCCAUAUUAUGAGAAAGUCAAGAGGGAGUCAGAAGAGUGGCUGAGCGACUUUUGUUCAUUCGGGCCCAAGAUGAAGAAGAAGAUUAACAAGUGUGACUUUUCCUACUUUUGCGCAAUUGCAGCGCCGUUUGCUCCCCGAUCAAAUUUUCGUACGAUUUGUGAUUGGGGCAAUUGGGUGAGAGAGCCAUUAUCUACUCACGUGUUCCCGUAUGAUGACAUGUUUGACAAUGGAUGUCUCCGAGACAAGCCUGAAGAAUCUCAACGAGUCAUGGAGAGUUUGAUGAUGCCCAUGAUGGAUGAUUCCUCUUGCUCGAGCAACAAAGAGAGGCUGCGUAUUGUGCAAGCUCACGACACAGUCUUUCAACGAAUUGCCGCGGAAGCGCCUACAGGCGUUCAAAAGAGAUUUGCACUGGCCAUGCAAGGCUACUGCCAAGGAGCGUUGAUCCAGAUCGACAACCACUUUGCAAGCAAGACGCCCUCUCUGGAAGAAAUCGUUCUCAUCAGGCAAAGGUCAGCAGGAUGCAAGCCUCUGUACCAUCUUGUCGAGUAUGCGCACGGCCUUUUAAUCCCAGACGAGGUAUUUGACAAUCCCAUCAUCCAAGAACUGGAGUGCCUUGGCAUGGAUAUGGUGGCCAUAUCAAACGACAUCUUAUCGUACCGCAAGGAACAGGCUGAAGGCGUGCCGCACAAUAUGGUCACAGUCUGUUGCUCAAAUGGAAUGUCGCAGCAAAAAGCCUUCAAUACAGUAGGCAAACUCCUUGAGCAGCGGUACAAGCAUUGGGACGAAGCUGAAGCAAGCGUGCCGAGCUGGGGUGAAGAGACUGAUGCGCAAGUCCGAAGAUACAUUGAGGGCAUCAAAUGCGUAGUCAAGGCAAAUCUUAACUGGAGGUGA